AUGGCAGACGACCGGUCGAGAGCCAAGCGGAGCUCUCUGCCUCGGAUCGACACCACUUCCUUAUCUGCCAGGCAGCCUGAGCAGCGCGCCGGCACCGCGGACGACAGCAGCCAGCAGCAACAGACUCGGCCCCGCACGCUGGAGGACCGCAUCCUCGACUCCUUUGCCAGCUCCCUAUCAUUAUCUCCGGACAAGCUUCGCGAGUCCUUGUCUGGUCGUAAUGGGGAUCAAGAGUCAGCUGCGACGAACGAGGGUGCGCCCUUCACCAAGGCUUUCGCGGAGGAGGACGUUACCAUCCAGACCAAAGUGAUAGCCGGCUCCAAGACUCUUGCUGAUGUGGAAACUCGCGUGAUACCGUACUCUGCACAUUCCCUGCAUGGUUCACUUGUCCAGCUUGACAGCAACGACCAUGACCAUGACCACGACCACGACCACGACUCUUCUUCGGAAGACGAGGACAGCGAAGGGCCCGAGGUCGACAUGCGCUCGGCAUCUGUCAUGAUUGCCCCGGAGAAGAUACAUCGAGCCAGCCGCAUGGAUUCAAAUCGACUACGGCCCAAGCGACAGGAGCCCCACGGACACUCGCGGAGCGCAAGCGCCACAUCGGCGACACCAUCGUUUCUGAAGCCACGGGCCGGCCUCUUUGAUGAGAAACUGGUCGCUUGCCUGACACUAAGCAGCAUUCCGCCCCGGGAACCGGACUCCCCCAAGGUCGAGCUCGUAUCACCGUCGCAGAUGUUCUUCGCCGGUUCCCAGAUAGCAACUAUCAAGCAUAACCUCAUAUCAUUACCAACCGUUGAGGCAAAGGUCAUACCAGAAGUGUGGGUGCCCCUGGACGACCUACCUUGCCCGACUCUGGACGUCUACGAGAAGGUCAUGAGCCUGUGCACUGAUCAGCCCCUGCAGCCACCGGCCACCGAGAUGGAGAAGAGUGUACAGAAGUUGGUCGCGAGAGUACUACAGGUACCACCAGAUCAGGUGGGCAUGAACUUCACUUUUGCGCAGUUCGGAGGUGACGAGGUCACCGCAAUGGCACUCGUCACAAACGCGAGAGUUGAGUCGAUAUUCUUGGAAAGCCACGAGAUCCUGCAGUCGAACAACACGCUGGCCCACCUUGCCACCCUGGCUACCCAAAGAGGCGGGCUGGCGCACAAAUGGGCCGCCGAGGAGGAAGAGAAAAUCGCCGUCGACGGUGAGGACAGCUCGCCGUACCAUUACUUCGAACUCUCGCCCAUGCAGAAGCUGUACUUCAACACCACGAUGGGCGGCGACUUAGUCAGCCGCGCUGCUGCUGAUGGGAGCUAUCGCUUCAACCAGUCUCUUCUGCUACGCGUGGCAAAGUGCUUUUCCGUGCAAGACAUCUCAGCCGCUACUGACGCGGUUGUCGGACAUCACUCCAUGCUGAGAGCAAGGUUCUCCCAUGUUCGCAACGAGUGGAUCCAGCGCAUAUUACCUGAGGUCGACAGUUCAUACUCCUUUACGCACUACACCGUCAGCACGAAUGAGCAGCUUGAAUCCGCGGUCCACCAGGUUCAAACAUCCCUCGAUAUUGAAGAUGGGCCUGUUUUUGCUGUGGCACAUUUUUCUACGGCGGACGGGCACCAGAUGGUAUAUCUAGCCGCACACCACCUCGUCGUCGAUCUGGUGUCGUGGCGGCUGAUCAUCCGGGACCUGGACGAGCUCCUCCAGAGCGGCAGCCUUUUGUCUCAGAGGUCAAUGCCCUUCCAGAAGUGGACCGAGUUGCAGAAGCUGGACGCACAACUGCCCUCGGGUGGGCUGCCUUUCGAAAUCUGUCCAGGAGACUUGAGCUACUGGGGUUUGUCUGAUGCGCCAAAUACGUACGGAGAUGCCAACGAGGCCAGCUUCUCGCUGACCGCGGAGCUGACUUCUAUCCUGGAGACGACCUGCUGCCAAGUUCUGCAGACAGAUGCCGUGGAUAUCUACGUUGCCGCACUGAUGCUCUCCUUUGCACAAACAUUCCCUGACAGGAAUGUACCAGAUAUCUGGAAUCAGGAGCAUGGCCGCGAUCUUUGGAGUAACGACAUUGACAUAACUGAGACGGUUGGGUGGUUUACGACGCUAUGUCCCCUGAAUCAGCAGAUCACCCCUGCAAGUGACUUCAUCGAUAAUCUGCGGCGCAUGAAGGACACCAGACGGGCGGUUCCGCACCGGGGUGCACACUACUUUGCCAGCAAGUUUUUCCCUGGCGACAACGAAUGCUCGAGCGGAAUCGAUGGCACCAGGCGGUGGUCUCCGAAUUUUCUCCAGAUCGCAACGCGUGACUGGCCCAUUGAAAUCCUUUUCAGUUAUGCCGGAAGCUUGCAGAACCUCGGAAAGGACCCGCUGAAUGGCGAUGGUGUUCUCGAACAGAUGAUCCUUCCAGGACGUACCCUCGAUUCGCGCACGUCCGACAUUGGCCCUGCUGUGGGACGCAUCGCUCUUUUCGAAGUCAACACCACAAUCGAUCAGGGGUCCGCCAAGAUCAAAUUUCUCUACAACCGAAACUCCCUUCAUGCAGACAAAAUCACUGCCUGGAUCAACAACUAUGAGCAUCUCCUCCUCGAGGCCAUUGGCCGUCUUCGCUUCCACGAGCCGGAGCUCACACUGGCUGACAUCCCGCAAUUGUGGGCCACGGGCGUUACGUAUGAGGGUCUGGACAGAUUGAACCGAGUGAUCGUUGCGGAUCUGGGCUUGAGCAGCGUCAAGGAUAUCGAGGCCGUAUUUCCACUGACACCGGUGCAGCAGAGUGUUUUGGUGUCCCAAGAUCGUCAGAUGCGCCUCCAUGCCGGAGGAGCGGGCGUCCACGAUAGCUAUAACUACGUGCCCAACCCGAGUAACAACGGAAACGCGAAUGCCUGCCAUAUUCACACCAUGUACGAGUUCGCAAGCUCAGAUGGUGCGCCAGUUGACCUCGAGCGGAUCUGUGCAGCAUGGGGUCAAGUCGUCGCCAGGUAUCCUGCACUUAGGACCGUCUUCAUUGACAGUGUUGCCGAGAAAGGGCUCUACAACGCUGUCAUACUGAGACGAUCGAGCCCUAACAUGCUCUUCCUCGAUGCGACGCCCAGCGAAGAUCCCGUCGAUACCUUGAACAACCUUCCUCCGCUAACGGCCUUCCCUGCACUGAAGAGUGUUCCACGGCACCGACUCACAGUGUGCCACUCGCCCAUGAAGACUGUCAUCAAGCUGGAUGUCUCCGCGGCUCUGUGUGACAUGAUGAGCGUGAACACUCUCAUCGCUGACCUGAGAAGGGGGUACGCUACAGGACGAGCAUUGCCAGUGACAAGUGGUGAUGCCUCGGUUUUUUCUUAUUCUGGUUACCUUGACAUCCUGCGCGGAUUGGAUCGUGACAGGAGCAUCGGCUGGUGGCGGGAUACGUUGGCCAGCGUUACGCAGCCAUGCGUUUUCCCAAGGCUGGAUUUCUACUAUGGCGGUGAGAGCAAAGAUACAACGGCCUCUCGACGAUACGACAACGCCCAUGUAGAAAUCAACGACGUCCCCUUCUUCAAGGUUGCGGAGUUCGGGAGAGCGAACAAGACGACCACAGGCGCGAUUCUGAGGCUGGCAUGGGGCUUGGUACUGCGGACCGUCACUGGCAACAGCUCCGUCUGCUUUGGCUACAGAGCUCCCGGACGAUCAGCCACCCUAGAGGGAAUGAGGGCUGCGGUGGGUUGCUUCGCGAACACCAUCGCUGUAGCUUUCGACCUGUCACCCUUCAAGCCUCUCGCCAUCGUCUUGAAGCAGAUCGAAGACGUGUACAACGCCGCCCUGCCACACCAGCAUAUCACCAUGGCCGAGGUCCGACACGCACUCGCGAGCGGAAAGAAAGGAGUCGCCGUUGAUGUCCAGCUUUUUAAUUCUGUCUUAUCCUUCACAGAGGAGCCUUCAGAUCUGAACAGUCGCCUCGGUUCUCGCACGAACUUUGAAUUGCGAAAUGUGCUGAACCACGAAACAAGUGAUUACGACUUGACCAUCAACACUCGCUUUAGUAACGCCACGGGCAGACUGGUCGUCGAUGUUGGACACUCCAUUCUUUCCGAAACUCAGGCGCACAACAUUGCGAACACAUUUGGCAGAGCUGUCAGCGCCAUCAUCAAGUGCACAGUGCCAUCUGCACACAUCGGAUCCCUUGACCUGUUUUCUGACCGCGAUUAUGCCCAGAUACUUAACUGGACUACACCGGCCGACAAAGACUCCCAGAAUCAGCAGAGAACCCUUCUGCAUGAAUUGGUAUUCGCGCAGAGUAUCACCCGCCCCGACUCAAAAGCAAUCUGUGCACACGACGGCGACCUUACUUUCCUUCAGGUCGAAGUCCUCUCGCACAGACUGGCACACGUUCUCCUCGAAGCUGGCGUGGUACCCAAAGGAAACACUAAAGCAGCCAUACCAGUUAUCCUUGACAAGUCCAAGUGGGCCCCUGUAGCCCUCCUUGCUGUUCUGAAGGUCGGUGCGGCUUUUGUGCCUGUGGAUGCAGACGAAAUGGGCUUUGUUGCAAAGAUUGCGGAGCAACUAGGUUCGAGCUGCCGGGUUGCUGUCGCGUGCACAUCCGCUGCUGAGGCCCUGGACAAUGUCACGGAACCAGCGCCUCUAUUCGACCGUGUGGUUCGCCUCGACGAUGCCCUCAUGAAGCGACUUGAGCGCGACGCGCCCGUACCUGGGCAACUGCUUCCGCCUAGCAAGCCCGAGGAUGUGGCUUGUGUCUACUUCACAGCGACGUCCUCCAGAUCAGUCCGCGGUAUCAGCUUCACGCAUGCAUCGUUAUCAACCGCGUUCAUCGGACAAGGGCCUGCAGCAGGAAUCAACAAUACGACACGCGUGCUCCAGCUGUCAAGCUUCAAUGUCGAUGUUGCACUGGCCGAGAUUUUCACGACGCUUGUCAGUGGCGGUACCAUAUGCAUUCCGACCUCUAGGGACAGGUACAACGACUACACCGGUUGCGUGACUAGGUUCAGCGCAACCUGGAGUUACAUGACGCCUUUGCUCGCCCGAAAGCUCAAUGUUGACCUUUUGCCGUCCCUUAAGACGGUAUGUUUCCGCACACGUGGGCUCGAUGAGGAUACAUAUGCCCCGUGGCGCGGUAGGAAGAGGGUCAUCAUGGCGUACGGUGCACCGGAUGUCUGCCCUCUGGGAAUUUCUUUCCUGGAAAUCCAUGGCCCGCAUCACUUGAAAGCCAUCGGACGACCGAUCGCAGGCUCUGCAUGGAUCGUGUCUGGGGAAGAUCACAGAAACCUCAUGCCCGUUGGCGCUGUUGGAGAGAUGGUUAUCGAAGGACCAACGCUGGGCAGAACGUUCCGACGGUCAUACUUGAGCGGCGAUCACGAGGACACCCGGGACGUAGCAGAAACGCCGGUGUCUCCCGAGAGUCGCAGUCCCUUCUCUGCUGCAAAUGCGCAAGGCCAUAGUCGUCAUCGAAGCCUUGAUGACACUGUGGCGUCGGACGAGCAGAAAGAGAGCAAGAAGCGCUAUUACAAGACUGGCCACAGUGUGCGCUACAUUGAAGGUGGACUAAUGGAGUACGUCUCGUCUAAGCGUGACGACCUUGAGAUCAAUGGGCGCAUAGUCAAUCUUGCCGAGCUUGAACAGCAAAUCCGUCGGGCGCUGGGACCGGGAGUCGAUGUGAUGGUUGAGGCGCUUGCCUUCAAGGGCGAGCGAAGCAGUCUCGACCUGUCGAAUCUUACACCUGAGAUCAAGCAUCGUGUUUUUGUCUCCAGGAACCUUGUGGAAAAGGCCCUGUCUGGUGUCGUACCCGACUUCAUGAUCCCCAAGAUCUUCAUCCCUGUCCGGCACCUCCCGACAACAUAUUCGCUCAAGGUCAAUCGCCGCAAGCUGCAGAAGGUCAUCAAGGGCCUCUCCCGAGACCAGCUGCUCGAGUUGGGGAAGGAGGAGAGUCCAAAGCAAGUGGAGAGUGUCAACGCCCUGAAGACACUGCCACUGAAUGAGCUUGCAGACAAGGUCAGGGCCGUCUGGGCCAGGGUCCUCGGCGUCGAGCAAGGUGCGAUCGACACUGCCAAUGGUUUUAUCAAGUCAGGCGGCGACGAGAUCUCGGCCGCUGAGGUCGUGGUCCAGUGCAGAAGGGAAGGAGCUGCGGUUUUCAUCUCUGAUCUCUUGAGUGAUGUUCCUCUGGCUGAGAUCUGCAGGGCCGGCAAUCGCUAUGAACUUGCUGCCGGAGAUGUAAGUCUUUCUGCAGAGGAUAACUCAUCCAUCGAACAGGCCGUAGAUGCGUCCGCCGAGAUAAAGUACGAGGAGACAAGCAGCCCCAGCGCGGCGACGGCCCCCGCCCCUCAAGUCAUCGAAAAGAGCUUUAUUGAGGGCACUCUCGCGCCAAAGCUUGGAAUCGAACCCAUCCUGAUCAGAGACGUUGCCGAAGCGACAUCAACACAGAUUCGGCACAUUGAGACUGCCAUGCUCACUCAGGGUCCUCAACGGUCCUCGUCCAUUGCGCACGGACAGGGCCCGGCAAGUAUCAACUACUUUGUCUUCCACUUCACAGCCGCCAGCUCAACCACCUCAGUGUCUGCGCGGCGCAUUGAGGAAGUUUGCCAGAUUCUGGCAUCUGUACACCCAAUUCUCCGCACCGCCUUUAUCCCCCAUGUGGAAGGUCAGACAAGGAAGGUGUACCAGGCUGUCUUGAAGAACCACAGUGUUGACUUCAAGAGCAUCCCAAGAGUGCAAAGCUGGCGCCUUAAUGCAGCGGUUGAGAAGGAGAUCAAGCGUGAUCGCGAGAAGUUGCAAAGCAGGAACCAGCUGGAUCUGUUUGCGAGGCCGAUCACCAAGUUUAUGUUUUUAGACGCCGGCAAGACGAGCACUCUCGUGUUGAGACUGUCACGCGCGCAGUACGACGAUGUGUCGAUUGGGUUGCUUGUGAAGGACCUGAAGAAACUGUAUGACGGUGGGCAGAACCCACCUCGCCGCCCUGGGUUCGCGGAUUUCGUCCGCGAGGCAGCACUUGCGAACGUUGGCGGAGAGGCAGAGAGGUACUGGCGCGGAUUGUUGGAAGGCGCGCAGCCAACGUGCGUGGUGCGGCAUCCUAAGCCGCCGAAGCUGAGCAGUGGAGUUCGCACACUGCGAGAAACGGUGCCGGUCAGCUCCACCGCCAUGGGUGGUCUUGGCAUUGGCUUUGAUACGGUACUCAAAGCUGCGUGGGGGAUGGUUCUCGCCAGCAUCUCGGGCACACCAGACGUUGUCUUCGGUGAGGUUGUGGAGGGCUGCCACUCACGGCUACAACACCAUCUCGGACCCUCGAGCGUCAAUCGCGGCGGUGUCCUCGGUCCCACCUCUACCAUCCUGCCAGUGCGCGUGCGAUUUGCCGACUCACCGACGAGCCCGCUGAACUUACUCAAAUGCAUUGCUGAGCAAAGAUCCUCCGGUGUGCCAUACGAGAAUCUCGGCAUGAUGGACAUUAUCGAAAAGUGUACCCCGUGGCCUUACUGGACGCGAAUCAGCACGGUUGUACAGCACCGUACGGAUCCGGAGACGGUGUUUGUAGACGAUGGACGGACGAAGAGUUUCCGACUUGGUGCGGCGCUCUGCAGGGUCAGUGUGAUGGAGAGUGACGUUAUCGAUGUGGCGGACUUCGUUGUGAAGAGCGUGGUUGUGAAGAGGAAGGUCGGUGCAGGGGCAGCUGGCAACACGGCGGGUGGGAAGCUGCCAGGGGCGACAAGCUGGAGGGAGGAGGAAGAGGAUCUUGAGGUGACGGUAUCUUUCCCGGAGCAGUCUGUCCCCGCCACGCUCGCCCAGGAGGUUUUGAACAAGGUUUGUGGCUACGUUGGCAUGUUGACAGGCUUCAGCAUCAUGCAGUCUGUCGUGCCGACCGCGGCUCAAUACUCGACCUUGACGAAGCAGAUCCCGCUCCCGCUGCCCGUAUUCGCGAACAGCCCCACGUCUGCGACAUUUGGUCAAGGAGUCCAAUUCUCGAACCCCUUUGGAAGUGGAGGGUCCUCUGGUGUCAACUUUGCCCAGCUCGAGGGCAAGAUGUCACCUGACCAGACAACAACGAUCCAAUCCACCAUCGAAGACGCUUGGCGCAGUACACUUGAUCCUCGCACCCUCGGUGUGCCUGAGGAGCAUGUUACGUCCGCUGCAUUCUACGAUCUGUGGGGCUCACUGAUACCUGCCGCACAGCUGGCCGACUUCCUGACCGAGACGAUCCCCGAGCGACUGGUCGGAGAUCUGACUACCAAUGUGUUUGGAGGCAAUCUGGACGGUUUCCGCAUCACUAUGCAAGAAAUCGUUAACCAUCCCACCAUGCUGGGCCAGUUUGAGCUGGUCGUCCGCAAAGCCUUUGGCGGUGAAGCCCGCGACAGGUCUGGCAGCUUCAAGAGCGCGUCGAGAACCAACAGCCUGCCGCACGUGGUCAGGAAGAGCAACAGCUUGACCAACGUGGCGAACGCAACUGGGGCUGUGCGUAAGAGCACCAGCAACAGCAACCUUGGACCAGGACACCUCAACCGCGCGGGCACAGUCAGCACUUACGAGCCGUCGAAACUGGGCCAUAGCAGGACACGGAGCGACUCGACGACAAACACGGCCGUGACGGGCUCAUCCACUGGAUCACCUGCAGCGGCAUCGAAGUCAAUCUUCCCGAGCCACCCAGCUGUGCAUCCGCCUAUUAACCAACGCGGUGCCCAGCCUGUACAGCGUCAACACAAAAGGAGCGAUAGCAACGCCAGCACCGCUACUCACACGACCGCUCUGACAGAUGUAGUCAGUACCGCACCGGGGAGUAGCAGUGGCAGUGUAAUCACAGCACCGACGAGCGUCAGUAACACCCCUCCUUUGAGCAUUACGAGUCCUGGAUCGUCGAACCCCAGCGAACUCCCGGGAUCGGCUGUCCAUGCCUUGCGCCUGAAGCGCUCGAACAAGAGUCUCAAGUCCAACCAGCCCGAGUCUCCGAUUCUUGGGACCAACAUGAUGACCAGCCCGCCACUGGUGCAGGCGGGCUUUUCAGCGACCCGGAAGAAGAGCAACCUUGGGCUGGGAGCCAGCCUGCGACGGGUAGCAAGCACGCUGAGGCCGGGAAGUGCAGGUGGGCAUAGCAGAGAAAACAGCAAAGAGAACAUCCUCGCCCGCUCCAGCACCAACAUGCGGUCGCCCCCGCCACCGCCCCCGAUUCCUGGCCCGAGCCUCAAAUCGAAUGGCAGAUCUACCUCGUCCGGGAGUGACAUGAGUAAGGACGCGCCCCUACCACCGGUCUCACCGUGGCUGAGGGUCCAGAGCAUGGCGCCCCAGUUGCCACCGUUCCCUCCUUUCACACCCGUCACGGAGGACACCUUCUCCGUGAGCGGCAGUGCCGGUGCCAGCCCGGAUUUGAGCCUGGGACAGACGAGCGCAGGGACCUCGCCGGACCUGAGUUCUGAAGCAGCCGAGCCGCAAAGCGACGAGAGCGGGGAGACAAUCGUGGAGCCCAAGGCCGCCAGGAACAGCCAAGGCGGACAACAAGACGGGCAGCUCUCACGGGCGGGGUCGUGCGGGUCGAUGACGGAGGGCUCGAGCGCAGAGGACGUGGACGAACACAUCGACGACCACCAAGAGGCCGAGAACGACGAGGAAAGCACGCUCCGGCCGCACCAGGCGCAGAACCUGAAGUACCUGUACAGCACGGGGCUGCAGCCACCACCACCCGUACAGCUCGAGCAGCCGCCGCCGUCGCCUGACAGCCAGCGCCAGUCCCAGCGCCAGUCCCAGCAGUCCAAAGCUAGUCCCUACAGGGAGACGUUCUACAUGGAGGAGGACGAGGAGACGGACGACGAGGAAACAGAAGAAGUGGAGGAGCACGCCGAGGCGCCGAACGACUCGCAGUACGACUCGUACGAGGAGUUUGACGACGCGCCCGAGACGCCGCGGCAGCCCUCGUCGCGGCCCAUCACCAUGAUCCACUCGCCGCUGCAGUCGAACAACACCAAGAGGGACGAGCCGCCGAUGCCGGGCUCGAUCCCGCAAAACUACCAGCAGCAGGAGAUGCAGGACUCCCCGACCAUCGUCGAGCCACCAAAAGCGGUGGCGGCAGCAGCCGCAUCAGCAUCGGGAGGCACGGACGUGAUGGACUUCGCGGCCAUCGAGGCGGCCGAGAUGGACGACAUGGUGUCCCCGCUCACCCCCGUGGAGCGGGCGAUGCUGUACAAACAGCAAGGGAUGGGAGCCCGCGGCUCGAACCACCACCGGUCGGGCGGCGGCGGGCGGGCGAGCCAUAAUAAUGGCAACAACAUCAGCCCGAUGACGCCGGGGUAUGGCGUUCCCCAGGCCCAAGACCAUGCUGCUGAGCAGGAGAUGAUGGGCGGGUUUCAUGCCAUGUGA